AUGGGGUGCAAUCCAAAUUGUGGCUUGCUCGCAGUGGCAACCAUUGGGGCAGUGCUGGCCGUCCUAGGAGGAAUUCUCAUCCCGGUCGGAAAUCACUUCAUUGACAAGACAAUAAAAAAGGAAGUUGUCAUUGAAAAAGGUACCAUCGCCUAUGAGAACUGGGUCCUUCCGGGAAGUCCCAUAUACCGAGAGAUUUGGGUUUUCGAUGUACAGAACCCAGAGGACGUAAUGCAGAACGGUUCUGCGCCGAUACUUAAGCAGAAAGGCCCGUACACUUACCGGAUGCGCUAUAUUCCCAAGGGAAACAUCACGGAACACAAAGACGGCACCCUGUCUUACCUCCAGCCAAAUAUUUUCCUUUUUCAACCUCAUAUGUCAGUUGGGCCGGAAAAUGACACUUUCACCACCGUCAACCUUGCCGUUGUGGCUGCCCCAGCUUUGUAUAAAAACAGAUUUAUGCAAUACUUGAUGGAUAUCUGGAUGAGAUCCGCAAAAUCAAAAUUCCUCCAAACUAGAACUGUGAAAGAAAUACUUUGGGGCUAUGAAGAUCCUUUCUUGAAAAAAAUCCCUAUUGUAAAAAUGGACAAAGUUGUUGGAAUAUUCUAUCCUUACAAUAACACCUUCGAUGGCCCUUACGAGAUUUAUAGCGGGAAAGAUGACAUAAACAAGAAAGGAAUUAUCACCACUUAUAAAAAUAGCAGGAACCUCAAAUACUGGACAAGUUAUUGUAGCAUGGUGAACGGCACAGAUGGGACUGCGUUCCACCCUUUUGUCAAAAAGAGCGAAGAGCUGUAUUUAUUUUCUUCGGAUGCUUGCAGGUCCACCUACGCCUUAUUCGAUAGGGAUGUGACGGUGAAAGAGAUCCCGCUGUAUCGCUUCAGUAUCCCCGCGUUGGCUUUCGCUUCAGCCCUCACCAAUCCUGAUAAUAUCUGUUUCUGCACCAAAAGCGUGGUAAACAGCAACUGUACCACCAACGGAGUCCUGGAUGUCAGCUCCUGCAAACAAGGGAAACCGGUCUACCUCUCCUCGCCCCAUUUCCUGUAUGGAAGCCAGAUAAUUUUUCAAUUUGUGAAGGGGAUGGAGCCAAACGUGGAAGAACAUACCACUUUUCUGGAUGUGGAACCGAUCACAGGAUUAACCUUGGCCUUUUCCAAAAGGUUGCAGGUGAAUUUAUUGGUGCAAAACAAUCCAGAAAUCACAGCGCUAAAAAACAUCAAACAUUAUUUUUACUUUCCUGUUUUGUGGCUGAAUGAGACGGCGACUAUCAGUGACGCGAAAGCAGAAUUGUUCCGAUCGAAAGUGACCAACAAGAUCAAGCUACUGAACCUCCUUCAACUGAUGCUAAUGGUUGUCGGUUCGGUGAUGUUCCUUGGAUUCCUAUUCGCUUUCUUCAUGUGCAAAGGGAAGAGCCCUAAAUGAGUUAAGUCAGGUUUAGGAUCUCUUAAUUGAUUCAUUGGUUCGGAAGCCGACUCGGUUCCACCAGGUUCUGGGUGCCCUGGGACCCUGAAAAUAGUGUGUAGCGAGAAACGAGGAGAAGAACAAGAAGUCCAGCUAAUAGAUAAUAAUAUUCUACAUGAGCUUCACCCCCAGCGCCUGGGGAACCAGCCAGAUUUUCAAACUUUGAGAGUGAUGCAGAACUUUGGAAAGAUUGCAGGGCAGGUGCCGUGUCACAAAUGGCCACUUCUUAGCAGUUUUGUUUUUAAGCAGGGUAAUUCGCAAGUUAACGGACGCUUCACUUAGCAACGGGACCUCCUGUAUUUUCCCAGAUAGCA